CUCUUCAUCCACCUACACAAAAAUGGAGGAAAUGGAUCAGAAUCAAAAGAAAGAAGCUUCAUUUUUCCUCCUCCUCUUAGCUAAAUUCCACGCAGGCUACUUCAGAAUCAGCAUGUCCCUCUGCGCCCAAGCCCUGUUAUGGAAAAUCCUCAAACACCCAAUUCAAAACCAAAAUUCUCUCACUCGAAUCCUCCAAUUCCUACCCAAUACAGCUUUCUUGUUCCUAUGGUCAUUGGCACUCUUAAUUCUGCUUUCCCUUUCGCUCACAUACAUUUUAAGAUGCUUCUUCCACUUCAAAUUGGUAAAAGCAGAGUUUUUGAACAGAGUGGGUGUGAAUUACCUCUUUGCUCCAUGGAUCUCUUGGCUCCUCUUGCUUCAAUCCUCACCUCUAAAGUUCGUUCCCCAAGAAAUCCUCAUGUGGGUGUUCGUGAUCCCGAUUGCGGCAUUGGACGUGAAGAUCUAUGGCCAGUGGUUCACGAAAGGGAAGAGAUUUCUGUCCACCGUGGCGAAUCCCACGAGCCAGCUGUCGGUGAUUGGAAACUUGGCCGGAGCGCGGGCCGCGGCGGUGAUGGGGUGGCGGGAGACGGCAUUGUGCAUGUUCUCCCUCGGAAUGGCACAUUACUUAGUCCUGUUCGUGACUCUGUAUCAGAGGUUGGCCGGAAGCAACUGCCUUCCGGCCACUUUGAGGCCUGUUUUUUUCCUAUUCUUCGCGGCACCGAGCAUGGCGAGUGUGGCUUGGAAUUCGAUUAAUGGGAAAUUUGAUGUGUUUUCAAAGAUGAUGUUUUUUCUCUCCGUUUUCCUGUUCGUGUCGCUGGUUUUGAGGCCGCGGCUUUUCAGGAAAUCUAUGAGGAAAUUCAGCGUGGCGUGGUGGGCUUAUUCGUUUCCUGUGUCGGUUCUUGCGUUGGCUUCCAUUGAAUACGCUAAGGAAGUUGGGGCCGGCGCCGGCGCGGCGCAUGUUUUUGCUCUUCUUUUGUCUCUGCUCUCCGUUUUGGUGUCUCUGUUUUUGAUGGCUGUUACGGUUAUGAGGUCUAAUUCUUUGAUUCCGGCGAGCCCGCCGGAGGUUAGUUCUGACAGCAGCAGUGGAGAGGUGUGAGAGUUUGAGGAGGGAUUUAGGGUGAUAAAACCAUACUUAGAUGAAACAAUUUUAUUCGUUAAUAUCUUGAUA